CAAAAACGUUCAGAUGCGAUCCUCCCUGCCUGCUUUGUGAUCGGUAGAAGUUGCUGUCAGCUGCACCCUAAGCGGAAAUGUCUGCUCCAACCAAACUUGGAAGUGUGGUGAAUUGUCCCGUGUGUCAUGUCAGUCACCUGCCACAACAGAAGAAUGUUAAGAAUGGAGUGUUUGCAGCAACAUGCCAGAACUGUGGACAUUUCUUCAAAUUCAAAGUGGAUUCAGGCCUGGCCACUCAGGUGACAUUGACUGUCAAUGGACAAAAAUACACAGUUUCUACUGACCAGUAUAGUGCCUCAACUUCCCUCAAUGAAUUCUUACGCACAUCCCGAGUGUCAAUGGGCACCAAGGUCAUGUGUCGGGAGGGUGGAUGUGGUAUGUGUGUGGUCGAGGCUAAACUGUAUGAGCCAAUAUCAUUUGGAAAGAGACCCUAUUCGAUCAAUUCGUGUCUAUAUCCAGUGUUCUUGUGUGAUGGUUGGGAGAUUACGACUGUAGAGGGAAUCCCCCACAAGGGAGACAACUCUGUAUCAGAGAGGCUGGCUCACUAUAAUGGCAGUCAGUGUGGAUACUGUAGCGAUGGACAAGUUAUGAACAUGCACUCGCUGCUGGAGUACAACAAUGGACAGGUGACCAUGCAGCAGGUCGAGGAUGCAUUUGAUAAUGUCAUCUGCAGAUGUACAGGUUACAGACCGAUCCUGGAUGCCAUGAAGUCCUUUGCUGUAGAUUCCCCCCUAAACAAGAAGAAAAGUUCCCUGCCCUACAGAGAUAUUGGGACCCUUAGUAAGGUGUGCAAGAGAACAGGGGGUCCCUGUAGUGGAAAUUGCAGCUCACAGGCAUCUGACAAUGGAGAGAUGACACGAAUUGUACUGAAAGAUGCCCAGUGGUUCAAGCCCCAGUCCGUAAAACAGGUCUUUGAUGCCAUGAAGCAGGCAGCCGGCAAAAGGAUGAAACUUGUUUUUGGAAAUACUGGUUAUGGUGUGUUUAUUGAGCUUGGACAGUGGAUGUUUGAAGUCCUGAUUGAUCUCCGAGGGGUCCAAGAGAUGUACACCGUUGAUUUUGACAGUGAUGUAGUCCUUGGAGCAAACCUGUCCCUGACCCAGUUACAGGACAUAUUCUACCGAGGGAAGAGCGAACCCAACUUGUACUACUUUGAUGUCCUGUAUGAACGUACGAAGAACAUCGCUGCACACUCAGUGAGAAAUCUUGGCUGCUGGGCUGGUAACCUCAUGCUGAAACAUGCUCAUCCAGAAUUCCCCUCCGAUGUCUACUGUAUGCUGGAAGCUGCUGGAGCUCAACUAGACAUCAGUGAUGGGUCACAGGCAAGCCUUGGGAUGUAUGAAAUAUCACACUUCCUAGCCCUGGAUAUGACUGGUAAGGUGAUUGUUGGCAUGAUGUUACCAGGACUGGAUACCAAAGACUACUACAUUCGCACCUAUAACAUCUCCAAGAGGGCACAGAAUGCCCAUGCAUAUGUGAAUGCUGGUUUCCGGAUGAGGUUGGAUAGUAAAAACAACUUUCUAGUGAAGGAAAAGCCAACAUUGGUAUUUGGAGGUAUCAGUGCCACAUUUAACCAUGCCACAAGGACGGAAGCUUUCCUUGUAGGGAAACAGCUCUCGAACCCUGAAGUAUUCAAAGCUGCCUUGACGACAUUGGCUGCGGAAGUCGUCCCUGACACAACAGACUUGAGUUUAGCUAGUGCCGCCUACAGGAAGAACUUGGCCUUGUCCUACUUCUACAAAUUUGUGUUGGAUGUUUUGGGAGAUUUGGCCCCAGCCAGACUGAGAACUGGAGCCAAUACCCUAACUAGACCUCUGUCUAGUGGACAACAGAGCUACGACACCAAACCCAUGGAGUGGCCACUUACACAGCCAAUGACCAAAGUGUUGGCCUUAAAUCAGACGUCUGGUAAGGCUAUGUACAUUAAUGACAUCCCCAGCAAGCCCCAGGAGCUUCACGCUGCCUUUGUCCGCAGUACUGUGGCCAAUGCCACACUACAAAGCAUGGAUGCCACAGAAGCACUGAGUAUGCCUGGUGUUGUGAAAUUCCUGGAAGUCAAGGACAUACCCGGAGUGAACAACUGUUAUCCUAUGGCACCAGUACCGCUUCCUGAGGAGUUGUUCUGCAGUGGUCAGGUGUCAUUUCAUGGUCAAACUCUUGGCCUGAUUAUCGCAGAGGAUGAGGGUACUGCACGCUCUGCUGCCAACAAGGUGAAGGUCACAUACACCAACAUACAGCCCCCGAUCCUGACUAUGGCAGACGCCAUCUCCAAGAAAUCCAUCCACCCUGGGCUUGCAGAUGAAUUUGUUCUGGGAGAUGCUGAAGCGGCCAUUGCAAGUUCUCCUAAGAAGAUCCAGGGUAGCAUCAGCUGUGGAGCUCAGUACCACUUCCAUAUGGAAACUCAGGUAAGCAUAGCUACACCAACAGAGGAUGGACUAGAGGUAGAUGCCAGCACACAGUGGACGGACGUAAUCCAGCAAGGAAUCGCCCUGAUACUCGGAUGUUACGAAAGCAGUAUCACUGUUAGGACAAAGAGACUUGGAGGUGCUUAUGGAGGGAAAAUCAGUAGAAAUUGUUUGGUGUCAGCUGCUGUAGGAUUAGCAGCACAUGUGACAAAUAGGCCAGUAAGGAUGAACAUGGAGUUCCAUACCAAUAUGGAAACAAUGGGCAAAAGAUUCCCAUAUAUGGCAAACUACCAGGUGGGAUGCUCUGACACUGGUGUCCUCAAUGGUGUUAAGAUUACCUAUUACACAGACUGUGGUUAUCUGCCAAUAGACAAUGGCCUGCCUGUGGUAUUACUGUUCUCAGACAAUGCCUACUACUGUCAGAACUGGCACCUCAUUCCCAUUGGGCUGAAGACAAACACACCACUCAAUACAGCAGCCCGAUCACCAGGAUCCUGCCCCUCCAUCUUUAUAACGGAAUCUAUCAUGGAACAUGUAGCCAGAGUUGUGAAUUUGGACCCCACUGAGGUCAGAAGGGUCAAUCUCUACCAACAGGGCCAGCUCACCCCAUAUAAGCAGUCCUUACUGUACUGUAACAUCACCAACCUUCUGACCGAGCUGGAGACAAUGGCUGAAGUUACACAAAGGAAAACAAGUAUAGCAGCGUUUAAUCAGAACAACCGUUGGAGAAAGAAAGGACUGUCAGUAGUCCCUUUGAAGUUUGAGCUUGCAUGGGAAGGAGCACACUACAACUGCCUUGUGGACAUCUAUCAGGGUGAUGGAAGUGUCGUCAUUGAUCAUGGCGGCAUCGAGUGUGGUCAGGGUGUCAACACUAAGACAAUCCAAGUCUGUGCCUACAAGCUGGGGAUCCCUGUAGAUAUGAUUAGAGUGGUAGCCAAUAACACUGUCGUCAACGCCAACAGUAUCACCACUGGGGGCAGCAUCACCUCUGAAAUCUGCUGUCUGGGGAUUAUCAAAUGCUGUGACAAAUUGCUGGCCAGAAUUGCACCUGUCAGAGCCAAAAUGUCAAACCCAAAGUGGAAAGAUUUGAUUAAACAGUGUGGGCUUGAUGGUAUUAACCUCACCGCCAGAUACCAGACAUCACCAACAGUGCCCAAAGGUGAUGUUAUAAACUACUUCAGUUAUGGAGUGACCUGCUCUGAGGUGGAGCUGGACAUUUUGACUGGACAGUACCAGAUAUCACGGGUGGACCUGCUUUAUGACUGUGGAGAAAGCCUGAACCCUGAGAUAGACAUAGGACAAGUGGAAGGGGCCUUUGUGAUGGGACUGGGGUACUGGCUUACAGAGGAGCUGAAGAAUGACCCUGCAACAGGAGCCCUCCUCACCAACAGUACUUGGGAGUACAAACCUCCCCUUGGCAAGGAUAUCCCAAUAGACUUCAGGGUACACUUACUGAAGAACGCUCCUAACCCAGUAGGGAUUCUCAGGUCAAAAGCGAGCGGCGAGCCUCCCCUCUGUAUGAGCUGUUCAGCCCUGUUUGCCCUCAAGCAUGCAGCAGAAGCUGCAAGAGCAGAAAUUGGACAGAAUACAUUCUUCCCACUCUCUGCACCAGCAACAGUUGAGAAAAUCAAUACAGCAUGUCUUCUGAAGCCUGACCAGAUGAUUCUGACGGCUUAAUCGGCCAAACUUUUACCCAGCUGUGUAACUUCACUAAAUGAACAGUCUUUGCCACAGCGACACAGAAAGGAACAAUUCCUAGAUACUUUUUUAUUAGAAAGUUACAAGAAUGUUAUGUGUUGUAAUAUGAAGCAAUGAUUUUAAUUUGGUAAAAAUUGAAAACCUGGUGAAGAAUUGUGUAUGGAAGACUGAAUACCUACUUGUGAAGAAAAAUGACGCAGAGAAAGACUACGAAAGAAAAAAAUAAUUAAACGGACUUAACUAUAUACACAUAUACUUCUCUUUGAGAUUGACUGAGAUAUGAUGUAUUGUUAAUUAAUUUAGUAAGGUUGUAAGGGUUACCCGACAUUGACCGAGAUAUGAUGUAUUGUUAAUUAAUUUAGUAAGGUUGUAAGGGUUACCCGACAUUGACUGGGAUAUGAUGUAUUGUUAAUUGAUUUAGUAAGGUUGUCCCACACUCUAUGCUGUAGACAAUAAUACUGUCUAUAUAACAUUUUCGAGCUUCGUAUAUAAUAGGACCAUGAGAAUUACUGUAAAUGUACUUUAUUUGGUUCACUCAUAUUUAGCAUAUUCCCAAUUUUAUCACUUUAGUGCAAUGAUGAACUGGCACGCCAAAAUUAUUUUAUAUAGAAAUAGUUCAUAGAAAGAGCAAAAAGUGCAAUCAUAAUUUAGCAGAAUACUACCAGCGUGAAAAGCAUUAAAAUAAGAUUACCACUAGAAUAUGUAUGCUUACAGUAACACGGUGUGAACACAACAGUGUCAUCACCAGGAAAUAUGUAACUGUACAUAUAUGUAAUAAACGAAAUUGAUGCAUAGAUGCUCUGUAAUUAGGGUGAAACUGCUGCAUGAUGUAGUUUUACAUUGAUUAUACUUCAUCUGUUAAUUAAUCUGUAAUUAUCAGCCUUUCCAUCCAUCUGUUUAUUUGGCCAUCUGUCCAUUCUUUACGUGGAUUUUGUCCGCUGUCUUUUCAUAGCUGUCAUUUUUUUCCUUUAAUAUAACGGUUGACACUUUAGGCUGUUUAAUUCAAUCAUUAAGUAUUUUAAUUAAUCUCUUUUUUCUGAUAUGCCUGUGACUUUAUUGUCUUAUUGCUAGUCUGUCUUCCUCUCAAUCCAAAAAUCACGACUUGUAAUCUAUUAGUUUAUAUAGUUUAUACUAGUCCCACAAACUAGUCAAAUAGAUCACAACCAAGAAGAAAGAACCCUUGAACAUUUCGUGUUGUACAGUGUUGCCACCUGACAUUUUUCGCCUCCAGAUAUAUAUACAUUAGUUAUGAAAAGCCAAAAAUUACUUUCAUUAAUUGAUAAAAGGUUUUUUGGUCCUUUUGGUAAUUUUACAUUCCAACUAAAAAGUAGCAGAAAUGAAAGGAAUUUGUAUUGUAAGCAGACAUCAAUACUGGCACUUAUAGUUAUUGCAGCACUUCUAUCUCUACAAUGUUUGUAAGUAACUACUGAUUACAACCUGUCUCCAGGGACUUGUUAUUGAGAAUUUAGAUGUCUUGAAAUUUAAUGUGAUCACAUACAGUCUGUACCUCCCUGUUCUACAGCAGUUUGAUAUUUAAUCUACUGUUAAACUUUCUCAUGUGAAAAUUUACAUCUGAUGAAUUAAAAUUGUUGCACAGUUGAAGAAUUAAAACUACUGCACAGUAUGGACAAAUGUAUAUGAAUAUUAUAUCAUGUGUAAAAUCAGGUCUACAAUGUAUAAAUAAUGAGUUUUACAUGUUGUUGGAUAUACUAAAACAUAUAGACAUUUUUUGAGGUAGAUGUACUAAUCCUAUAAUUAUAUCUCUGGUCUCUAUUAUGUAAUCAAUGUAUUCACAAUUCACAGCUGACCUCAUGUCCCCAGUUGGAAACUUGCCAUUUAUAUACAAAAUUCCUCCAUGUUGUGGGGUUUUGCAAAAGUUAGCUCCCUUUACGAAGAUUUCAUUUACCAUGGAUGUUAUUUACCAUUGAUGUUAAUUUGAACGGCCCAGCAUCUUGUUGCAUAAAAGAUUUAAAGAAAAAAUCUGAAACUGUCUUUUUGAUAAGCUGCUGUCUGAAAAUUUACCAGAUUUUUAAGUUUCAUCUUUUGCAUGUAGAUAAUCUGUACUUAGGCCUAUAUAAAUAUCUAAAAGUACAAAGAAUUGCUUGACAAAAUAAUGUUUUGACCUUCAAUUAUAAACGUAGAAGUCAGAUUAUUUGAUGAAAUUUAUUUUGACUUGAGUAAAAGCACAAUUUAUAAAUUCCUUCAUGGCAUAUGGAAUUCAUUAAUUAAUCCUGGUAAGUUUUGUUACUUUAUUACAUGGUAAUAUCUUAUCUGUCUUGUGGUGUUAGUAGUUUAAUUUAAAGUUAAUAUUUAAAUGAAUCCUUAUUUUACGGAAGAAGCACUAACUUUCUGAUGAUGGGUUUGUGUUAUUGAAAAUACUGGUGUUUGUUUAGUGUUAAUUAUUGCCUUCAAACAUUUAUAAAUUACUGAUACUGAUGGUUGUUUGUGUUGUUAUUGUUUUCAAACAUCUUUAAAUUUUGACAUGUACAAAUUAUGAUUUUAAAUUGUAUUCUUUUGAAUUUAUUUUUGGUUGUUUAUACAUUAUUAAACAGAAAGAAUUAUAUACAUAAGUCAUUGUUAUUAUCAAGUCUAAACUAGAGCUAUAGAGAUAUUUGUUUAUUGUUAUAUAGUUGAUUUAUACUAAUUAUACUUUUAAAUAUUUGCUAUCCAGGUGAAUUAUACGAGUACUCAUGAAUAAAUUGAAGAUGAUUAUACAU